GAUAAAGGAUGCGUGAGCAAGCUUUCCAUAUGUCAGGGUCUUGGUCCCGAUGUGGCCGGCAGCCUGGCUCUUGCUGCAUUCAGGACAACCAGGAGAGCGGCAGAGUGCAGGGAGGGUCUCCGAUCAGAGGUCCCACUGACCUAGAAGUAAUAGCCUGCAUGCUCUGCCUGCCACCUCGAUGCCGAUUGUAUUGACAGGCUUAAUUGCUCGUUUCACAGCAGAGGACCUGCACUUCUCAGCUCCUGGUAGGAGAGAGGAAGGCGAACGGAGAGGGCGCAGGUGUGCCGUUCGGCCUGAAGGAGGACGGCACAGGUCGAUAAAUGUUGCAAGUGGGUGUGCAGCAACACCUUGUAGGAAGCCCUUUGGCUUUUUUUUUUUUUGCUACAGGGGGUUCACCACCAAGCAGAGCAGCAAUGCAGGAGUUCUGUACCAUCUCCAGAACUUAGCCCACCUACGUGACCCCCUACAUCCAUCUGCUGCAUGGGGUGGGAGGUGGCUUGAGUCCUGGAGAAUCCUACUUUUCGGCGCCCUCAACGUGAUCUGCACCGUCUGCCUCCUGAUGUGGUGCAACUCCACCAACAGCAUGGCCUUAACUGCAUACACCUACCUCACCAUCUUUGAUCUCUUUAGCUUGAUUACUUGUCUCAUUAGCUCCUGGGUCACCAUGAAGAAACCCAGCCCAGCCUACUCUUUUGGGUUCGAGCGAUUUGAGGUACUGGCGGUCUUUGCCUCCACGGUGCUCGUCCAACUUGGAGCGCUCUUCAUCCUCAAGGAAAGCGUGGAGCGAUUCAUGGAGCAGCCAGAGGUGCACACGGGUCGUCUGUUGGUAGGAACAUUUGUGGCGCUCUUCUUUAACCUGCUCACCCUGCUGUCUGUGAAGAACAAGCCCUUUGUUUACGUCUCUGAAGCUGCCAGCACCAGUUGGCUUCAGGAGCACGUUGCAGACUUGAGUCGAAGCCUCUGCGGGAUCAUCCCGGGCCUCAGCAGUGUGCUUCUGCCUCGGAUGAACCCGUUCGUCCUGAUCAACCUCGCCGGGGCCCUGUCGCUCUGCAUCACCUACAUGCUCAUCGAAAUCAACAAUUACAAUGCCGUUGACACUGCUUCUGCGGUCGCUAUUGCCCUGAUGACCUUUGGGACCAUGUACCCGAUGAGCGUCUACAGCGGAAAGGUGCUGCUUCAGACCACACCUUCCCAUGUCAUCGGCCAGCUAGAUAAACUGCUCAGAGAGGUGUCCACUCUUGACGGCGUCCUGGAGGUCCGGAACGAACACUUCUGGACCGUUGGAUUUGGCUCUCUGGCCGGCUCAGUCCACGUCCGCAUUCGCAGGGACGCCAACGAGCAGAUGGUGCUCGCUCAUGUGACCAACCGCCUCUGCACCCUGGUCUCUACUCUGACGGUUCAGAUUUUCAAGGAUGACUGGAUCCGGCCAUCCCUGAUGACGGGCAGCCUACCGAUGGGCAUGCUUGGCCCAUCGGACUACAGCGGCCCGCCCCCAGCCCCCAAGCCCUUGGACGCACUAGACCCGCUCACCUCCACUCCAGCCAAAGCCAGCAGCCCGCCCCCUGAGUUCUCCUUCAACACACCGGGGAGGAAUGUGGCCCCAGUGCUGCUGUCCAGCACACAGCCCCAACGGUCUUACGGCGCAGGCUUUGCUUACGGUGCUGCCCCGUACAACAGCAUGUUUAGUCAUGGCUUGACCAGACCAGGCUCCGGACUUGGUGUAGGUAUCGGCCUAGGAGCAGGUGCGGGCAUGGCCUCCACCCAAAAUUUCAGAACUGCCUUCAGUGCAGCACCACACAGAUACGGCUCAAACGUCAACCCCACACAAUUUGGGCUGUACAAACCCUGACGUGGGAAAUACUGUAGGACAAGCAGAGUUGAAGAAGAAGAUGAAUGAGAAUCUACGGUAGUAUUUAUUUUGACGGGACCAAGACUUUGAUUUUAUCCAUUAAAGGUUUUUCUACCUUUUUGUUAUUUGAAAACAAAUGUUGGAACUUUUUUCACUGCAGGUGGAUUGCGGUGCAGGAUGCAUUACAUUUUGUACUGUUCUGCUUGACAAAAAUAUUUCUCCAGAUAUAGAACAUACAGUAUUUAGAUCUUUACAGUGCUGGCCUGGUUAUAGUGUGGUAAAAGGGAAAGCCAAUACAACUGUCAUUUACUUAAAAUAUUCCUUUCAUAUUGUUGCCAUGAGUAGAAAAUGUAAAACUGAACAUUAAAAUACUGGUUGGCGUCAACUUUCUAAGUUGCUUGCUGUCAAAAAUUGCCUGUUUUGUAAUUUUGCAUUACAGUACUGUGGCUAAGGAGCAGCACAUCUUAAAAGUAGAAUUAUUUUUUAAAAUUCUAAAUUUAUGAAUGUCACACCUGGAUCAUGCAUUAACUGGACUGUUAGUCUCGUUUAGUGUCAAUGUGGUUAUCGAUAUGAGGUCAGAAAACAAAACUUUACAGUGAAUUAUAUCUAUAUUAUCAUAAAAGGGGAUUCAUUGAGUGCUUUAAGACUUUUUAUGAUCAGCAUCAGUUUAUGGAAGCAAAUCAUGCUGAAGAGGCAUGCUCUACAGUACAAAACUGCCAAAUAUAAAUGGGAGUGUUGGACUUUCUCCGAAUGCAGAAAUCAGAACUGUAACACAAGGUUACGAUUUGUGUGGGGUUUGAUUGCUCUUUUGAAUUAUACGGUUAAAUUGUUUGCAAUACAUGCUUGACUAUCUGAGCCAUCUCUGGAAAUGUGGAAACACUUUCUUCAACUGUCUCCUCUGUUUGGCCCUAGUGUUUCCUCCCCUCGAAGCUUCAGUGUCUCCAGCUGACUUCAAAUCCUUGUUCAGUUAAAAUGCAGGACAUCCUUGGGAAUACCUUAAGACAAAAUGAAACGUGCUAUAUGCUUUAUAAUAAAGAGUAUAAUAUAGUGUUAAGUGAAUUCUUUGUUUUCUCUGUCAGGCAAAAAAAUAUUUUGUUCUGUGUCCUAAACGGGGACUUUAUCUUACAAAUUAUUAAGAGACCACCAUUAUUAGAUUCACAUUCCACUCGUUUUAUUAUAUUGUCUUAAACUGGUCUCCGCUUGUCUUUUCUCUGGCCUUUUUGAUC